AUCAUCUGUUUAGAAAAUCUCCUUCUUCCUUCGUCUCAUUCUCUCCGAUAUCUCUUUCUCCUUCAUUCUUUCUGAUUAAAUUUUCAGAUAUUUGGAUGGAUGAUAUAGAAAUUCCUCAGUAUUAUCUCUGCCCCAUAUCGCUUCAACUCAUGAAAGAUCCUGUUACGGCCAUAACAGGCAUCACCUACGACAGAGAAAGUAUCCAGCAAUGGCUGAAGACUUCAGCUGCAGGAGGCAAUAAGGAAUGCCCCACUUGCCCCGUGACAAAGCAGCCUUUGCCACGAGACUCUGAUUUGACUCCAAAUCACAUGUUAAGGAGAUUAAUUCAAGCAUGGUGUACUUCAAAUUCAAAGAAUGGUAUUGAUCCAAUUCCUACUCCCAAAUCUCCUCUCAGUAAGAGUUAUAUCCUCAAGCUCAUUAAGGAUCUUGAGGUUCCUGUUUUGUGUAAAGAAGCAUUGAAGAAAAUGGAAGCUCUAGAUAUGGAGGACGAAAGGAACAGAACGUCUAUGCUGGAAGUGGGGUUGGCAAAAGCUUUGGUAUCUUUCGUCUUGAAAUGUUUCAGAGAAAGAAAAACAACUGGUCUCGAAGAAGCUUUGAGAAUUCUAAAUCUUGUCUGGAAUUCAUCUCAAGAUAUUAAGGUUCUUGCCAAAGAUAACCAAGAAUAUGUGGAUUCCUUGUUAUGGAUUUCAGGGUCUGAUAUAGAUCAUAAUCAUGUAGUUGUCAAGACACACUCAAUGCUAGUAUUAAAGAAAACAAUGGAAUCCGCUUCUACAAGUCUGCUGGAGAGGUUAAACCCUGAUUUCUUUAGAGGAAUCAUAAGGGUACUCAGAGAGAAAAUCUCUCAACAAGCUGUAAAAUCAGCGUUGCUUGUACUGAUAGAAGUGUGUCCGUGGGGAAGCAACAGAACCAAAAUUGUUGAAGCAAAAGCAGUUUUUGAGCUCAUUGAACUUGAGCUAGAAAAACCUGAGAAGAACAUCACAGAACUCAUUUUCAAUCUGUUGGCACGAUUAUGUUCUUGCGCAGAUGGAAGAGAACAAUUUCUGAAGCAUGCAGGAAGCAUUGCAAUGAUAUCCAAGAGAAUUCUUAGGGUUUCACCUGGAGUAGACGAUCGAGCAGUGUACAUACUUGGGUUGAUGUCCAAAUUUUCUGCCACAAAUCAAGUCCUUCUAGAAAUGUUGAGGGUUGGUGCUGUGUCAAAGCUUUGCAUGGUUAUUCAAGCAGAUUGUGCUGACUAUUUAAAACAACAAGCAAGAGGGAUUCUCAGGUUGCACUCUACUGUGUGGAACAAUUCUCCUUGUAUUGCUGUCUAUUUGUUAACUAGGUACCACAGGUAAUUAGCCCACCCAUUUUCCACUUUUGGGUCACAGAUCAAAAUAUUAAUUAUCUACUUUUGGCAAUUGUUUUUUUCAAACAAAGUGUGCCUCAGCAGAUGAAUAUGAAUAUGAGCUGGUGAGGCGAAAAGAAAACAAAGAAGAAAGAUCCGUCUUAACUUUUCUUAUAUAUGUUUUCUUUUAUUUAUCUAUUUGGUCUGGUCGGUGCAUGAAGAUGAGACCAUACAUGUAACGGCUGAACUAUG